AUGGCUACAGAGACGGGAAGCUCGGCUGCGGCCGGUACGAAGCCUUUUGACAUCGUCGCAUCAUACAAUGAGCUCCUGCGCUCCGAUCCCGAUCUCACAAUGCCCAUCGCGGCCAUUGAAGCCCUCGUAUUGCUUCUUACAAAGGAGCCUUCCUCGACUAUCUCUGAAACUCUUGACCUCCUCGAAAAGUCUACCGCCAUCUUGAAAAAAGCCAACCCCAACCCCAUCGGUCUCUCCGCCGGAACCGAUCUCUUUCAACGAUAUUUGAUCACUACAUUACAACGACCUGGUCAACUAGGCCCUGCCGGUGAUUUCAAGGCUAUUCGGACACAUCUCUUGUCAAAUGGCCGACUAUUCAUUCGCCGUGCCAAGGAGAGUCGAGAGAAGAUCGCGGCCUUUGGCCGAGGGUUCAUUCGCGACGGCUGCACGGUGCUUACCAAUGCGGUGCGCUUCCGGGUGAUCUAUGUCUUGUCUUCCUUCAAAAAUGCCGAUGAUCCUUCGGGGGAGCCGGAGGGCAUGGAGACGGUGCGGGCCCUGAGAGCUAAGGGCGUCCCCGUUUCAACGAUACCGGAAUCGGCAGUCGCAUACGCUCUUGGAAAAACAGAUAUGGUAAUUGUUGGAGCUGAAGGUGUCGUUGAGAAUGGUGGUAUUGUGUCCCGCAUGGGUACUUACCAGAUUGGCCUUCUGGCCAAAGCCAUCGGUAAGCCCUUCUACGUGGUGGCGGAGAGUCAUAAAUUCGUACGACUGUAUCCCUUGGGCCAGUACGACCUGCCAAUUAACCAGCACGUUAUCGACUUCAAAUCCGAUGAUGAUAUUACUGAGCAGAAGGAGGAGCCGGCCACACCCACGAGUGGAGACCGACAAAUCGAGUUGCCGCUCUGCGACUCGGUGGACUUUACACCGCCGCACCUCAUUUCAGCACUGAUCACUGAUAGCGGUGUCUUGACACCCAGUGCUGUCAGCGAGGAGUUGAUCAAGAUCUGGUUCUAA